AUGAAAAAUUCGAUGCGCUUGAAUAGGGAGAGACGAAGAAAAGAGUUUUUCGAGCAGCCAAAAUCACAGACUUCUGGUGAACAGUUAUGGAGCAAUUUACUUCAACAAAAAAUCCCUGACAGCCAAAAGUUGGCUUUUCAACAGCUCACACGAGAAAUACUAGAAAGUCGAAAAACUUUGCAUAAGUUGUGGAAGUACGUCGUUCUGUUCUUGGUGAUUGGUUUGCUGUCGGCGGUGGUCGUCUACUUCCUCACUUGCUGGGUGGAAUAUCUCGAAGUGAUUGAGACCAAAUACAUUAUUCGAGCCGAGAUUUUCGCUUCAGACGCGCCGGUCUGUCUGGGAGUGCCAGUGCGGAAACUGGGGGAACCUCCGUCACGACUGAUUGAGACCUGUGCACGACUGGUCACCAUCAUCUCCAUUGUCAUGCUCGCAAAGGGAAUUCGAUUGGGUUGGAAAAUCUGGCACAUGCGACGUUCGACGGUUAACACUGAAGAAUUGGAGAACGAUCCCAUAAAAGUGCUAUCGGAGACACUACAGAAGGAUUUUCUCAGCCAUAUUGCCGACUCUGGACUAGCGUUCUAA